AUGCGGCAUCAAGGCUCUGUUAAGGCCUUUGAUGAAGAUGAUCAAGAAAACGACCAAGCGCGCUCCCGCCAAAACGUGCGACACAUGCUUCGAGGAGGACCAGAACUCAAGCAACGAGAUGCUCGAGCGCAAGAUUGCGAGGAGAUGGAGGCGUGCCAGUCUGGCGCCGCCUUCCUCGUGUACAACGAAAACAACACGUGCGACCUUGUGCCAGUGACCCCUGACAACUUCUACGUACCCGUGCACUUCGCGAGGACUGAAGCCGGCACUUUCUUCUGGACCACCGUUCCAAAACCGAGGCUGACUUCGCAGUGGCAGCUCACUGCUACACCGAGUGCCAGACCGCGGAGCAGCAGUACCCCGUCCUGCAGGACCGCUGGGUGCAAGCCUAAACUGCAACCAGUACUCUACAAAAUUCAGUGUCUUCCGUGA